UCGACUGGAGGUCCACUUCCGAAACUGCCAGGCGCUCCAGGCGUGCCAGCCCAUGAAAAUUAUUCCUCCAGCUUCGAACAUCAUCCCCGACGCCAACGGCCCAUUCGCAGUGCACCAUCGCGUCCCCUGAGGCAGUCCUUGAUCACCGAGACACCAUCGCGAUCGAGUUUUUUUUUCUUCUUGCGCGGGUCCUGAAGCUUGUUCGGACGCUUCUGCACGACGUGUCGAUUCGACCAUCCUCAACUUCUUCCCUACGACUGAAUCCCUUUCCUAGUCGCUCAGGUUUUGUUCCGCAAAACCGACCCAUCACACCACAGCCGCCAUGGCAUCCGCAAUCGACUCGUUAACCGGCCUCCUUCUCACCAACCCCAUCGCGAACACAAUAGGAGAUGCCGUCAACUCUUUCUCGGAGCGCAGGGCAAAGCUCGGUCUCAGCAACCCCGGAACGAUAGAAAGCCUCUCCAGGGAGGUGCAGCGAGAUGUCUUCCUCAACAACUCCAUGUUCACGGGCGUGCGCGCGGAUCUCACCAAGAUCUUCAGCAUGACCCCUCUGUUCCAGGUCUCGCACCAAUUCGCUCUCGGCGAGCGCAUCAACCCCUAUACCUUUGCCGCCAUGUACGGUACCAACAAGAUCUUCGCGCAAGGCAACGUCGAUAAUGAGGGUACCCUGUCCGGCCGCUUCAACUUCCGAUGGUCAGAGAAGCUGGUGUCAAAGUCGCAACUGUCCAUCUCCCCUGGUGGUCAGGACAUGGCCCAGUUUGAGCACGAGUACACUGGCGAUGACUUCAGUGCAUCCCUGAAGAUGCUGAACCCUUCCUUCCUUGAGGGCGGGAUGACCGGUAUCUUCAUUGGCAGCUACCUCCAGUCCGUCACGCCCAAGCUCGCCCUCGGCAUGGAGACCCUCUGGCAGCGUCAGGCUCUCACCCAAGGCCCCGAGUGCGCCGUCUCGUACUCCGCUCGCUACAAGUCUGCCGACUGGGUUGCUACUGCCCAGCUCCAGGCUGCCAUGGGCACCCUUAACACAUCUUUCUGGAGGAGGCUGUCGGACAAGGUCCAGGCCGGUGUCGACCUCAGCCUGGGUCUCGUACCCUCAAACGGUAUGAUGGGCGGCGGUCUCCAGAAGGAGGGUGUCACCACCAUCGGCGCAAAGUACGACUUCCGCAUGUCGACCUUCCGCGCACAGGUCGACUCCAAGGGCAAGCUCAGCUGCCUGCUGGAGAAGCGCGUGGCCCCCCCUGUCAUGAUGACAUUUGCGGCCGACAUUGACCACUUCACUCAAUCUGCCAAGCUCGGUCUCGGCGUGUCGAUCGAGGCGGCGCCAGAGGAGCUCCAAGAGCAGCAAGAGGCUGCUGGCGGCCCCUCUACCCCAGCCAACAUCCCCUUCUAAGCAGGUGCUAGACUCGACUUUGAUGUGACGAAGAGAAAUAAUAUAUCGCGACCUGGCAUCGGCCCCUCCUCGGCCGGUCCGUGAUUCAGUUGGACAGCAUAUCGUCCUUAUCGAACUGGAUCGUGUACCAUUAUUGUUUUGUUGGCUGUCUGGGAGUCUCUAGCACCUGGGUUCGCCUGCUGGAAGCAUACGGCGAUUGGGUAAGAGUCGACUUCAAGGAAGAAGCGGCUUCCACCUUUGUGUAUUGUAAAUACGGUG